UAUCGUUAUAAAAUUGAAGAUAUGGAAUCUCCGGAAUUUUUUUGUAACAAAUGUGUGCUCCCGAUGGAUGAUAGUGGUCCACCAUUCUCAUUUACUCAGUGUGGACAUAUUUAUUGUCAUAAAUGCAUCACUAGAGUCGGAAACCACUGUCCAACCUGUAAUAACACUGGGAUCCAAUCAAUGCCAUUAGUGGCACCUUUACCACCAUCUAUUUCCAAUUUGUUUGUUCCUUUAUCUCAACUUAAUGAACAAUUGGAAUCGCUUUCGAAAUUUCAAAGCGGACAAUGUGCGAUUGCAAACAAGAGCUUUGAAAAAUCGCAUACAAAAUUCGAAUUAUUGAAAAAAGGUUAUUGGGAAAAUCGCAAACGUGUUGAACGAGAGAAGAAAGAGCUACUAAUAUUGCAAGAAAAAUAUGAUAAUUUAAAAGCAAGGGAAAUGUAUGCUUCUCACCAAAGUACUUCAGCUAACAACGCACAAGUUUUUAAUUUUUCAAAUGUUGAUAAUUUAUAUCAGCAUCAAAUCAAUUCUAGUUCUGCUACAAUCUCUACACGUAAUUUACCUCAGCAACCCAUGUCACGUCACCAUAACCAUCGAAAUUAUAAUGACUCAAAAUAUCUUUAUCCUGGAUAUAAUACUACAGAUUCAGGACAUAACACAAUAACGUCAACGUAUCGAGGAUCAACUACUGAUACAUCAGUUACUCCGGAGAAUAUUUUUCGUAAUCCAAGGAUAACUAAAGCACCAAGAUCGAAGAAAUCGACUUGA